AUGGCUUUGCCUUCUUGCUUAAAGACUGGAGUUCUGACCACCGGAUUUAAUCUUUCCGGCAGUCUUGUGAAGUCAGACAGUGGCUUCGCCGUUCCGACAAAGUUACAGAUCAAUCGAAAAAGUGAUGGAGUGAAGAAGUUGAGAAUCCAAGCCGUUUUCAGCUUUCCUCCUGCGUUUCUGACCAGAAACGGUCGAGCCGAGAAGCUGAAACAGCUCAAACAGGAUCUUUUUGAAGCCAUUGAGCCUCUUGAUCGUGGUGCCACCGCCUCGCCUGAUGAUCAGCUUCUGAUUGAUCAGUUAGCUCGUAAGGUGGAAGCAGUUAAUCCAACCAAGGAGCCACUGAAGUCUGGUUUACUUGAUGGAAAAUGGGAGCUUAUUUAUACAACCUCUGCUUCGAUUUUGCAGGCAAAGAAACCAAGGUUCUUGAGAUCAAUAACAAACUACCAAUCUAUAAAUGUGGAUACUUUGAAGGUGCAAAACAUGGAGACUUGGCCUUUCUUCAACUCGGUAACUGGAGACUUGAGACCCCUCAAUUCAAGGAAGGUGGCUGUGCAACUCAAAGUGUUCAAAAUUCUCGGCUUUAUUCCUGUUAAAGCUCCUGAUACCGCACGUGGUGAACUGGAGAUUACAUAUGUAGACGAGGAACUACGGUUAUCAAGGGGUGACAAAGGCAACUUGUUUAUAUUGAAGAUGUUCGAUCCCACUUAUCGAAUCCCUCUCUGA